GUCAAACGCUAAAGAGAAGAAAGGAAGGAGAGGUCUGAACACUGGAUUUCUGUGCUAGAUCUUGGUCCGUGUUUGGGAUUUUUGGUGGUGAUUUGGGAUCAGUGCACACGCUUUGGGAUUUGGCUCUCUUCUUGUACUGCCGGGAGAUUGUACAUUGGGAUCUAUAGUAUCGCCGAGCUGUGCAGGUGCUGAAUCUGACAGCAGCCCUAAGAAAGUGCAGCUACGCCUAAGGAGCUGUCCAGCUACACUCCAGAGCCCGUCCGGCCGACUCCAGGAGUAGUGCGAUCACACGAUGGGCUGCUGUACUGGGCGCUGCACAUUGAUCUUUAUCUGCACUUUACAGAUGUUGGCAGCAUUGGAAAGACAGAUAUUUGACUUUCUUGGAUACCAAUGGUCACCAAUCCUCGGAAAUUUUCUUCACAUAAUCGUUGUAAUAUUAGGAUUAUUUGGUACCAUACAGUACAGACCGCGAUACAUAGUAGUGUAUACAGUGUGGACGGCUUUCUGGGUAGCAUGGAAUGUAUUCAUCAUCUGUUUCUAUCUGGAAGUAGGAGGACUCUCUAAAGAAACAGAUCUUAUGACAUUUAAUAUCUCCAUCCAUCGUUCAUGGUGGAGAGAACAUGGGCCUGGCUGCAUAAGAAGGGUAGUGCCUCCUCCUGCCAAUAGAGACCUUGGCGAUCACUCAUUCAUCUCGGUGACAGGAUGCAUCAUUGAAUUUCAGUACAUAGAGGUCAUCCACAGUGCUUUUCAAAUACUUCUGUCUCUCAUCGGGUUUGUGUACGCUUGUUAUGUGAUCAGUGUUUUCACAGAUGAAGAGGACAGCUGUCGGCAUAAAUAAAACUUCAGAAAACCAUCCAAUAAGAUUCUGCAAUAUUAAAGAAACGACUACACAAGUAAAGGCACCGUGGACAAAUUGUUAACAGUUUUUCAUAGUUUGUGGGAACAUUUUAUGCAGGAGACUGACUUUGAAUAUGACAACUCUUACUGUCUUUAAUAAGUGAAUUCUGUUUUGAAGUAUCAUUUCAGUUCAACGGACAGUCGGAAACACUUGUACAUUUUCUUUCUAUUGUUCUUUUAUAACAUGUAGCAUGAAACAAUUGGAAAUGUGUUUUUGGUAUGAAUGGCCGGGUGUUCCUUUCUCUGCAGACAUACAAAUACAAUGUGAAACAAGAGUGUAUUCAAUUUAAUAUUAUUUCUGAUUUUUGACAUGAAGGAAGAUGUAUGCUUCCAGAAUGUAAAACAAAUCAAAGUAAAAAUCUAGUGUACUGUA